AUGAACAAUGAUUAUCAACAACAACAACAACAACAACAACUAUAUGAGCCUAUAUCAUUAUCAUCAUCACCGAUGAUUUGGAUGUUUGGUAUGGCAAAUGCUCAACAGCUUAAAUGUGGCGAUAUAAAACAAUGUUCAAAAAUGUUUCGUGAAGCAACAUUAUCACAUAAUCUAUCCUAUGAUCUUUCUAGUGAUAAAAUUGAACAUAUUUGUGUAAAAUUAAAUCGAGCUGUACAAUGUUUUAAUAAUUAUCGUAAAAUGUGCAUCAAUGAUAAUUUUCAACAUUCAAAAAUGACCGCCGAUUUUUAUGAUCAAAUGUCUGAAGGACCAUUAGGACUGACCAUGGAACUAUGUAAUAAUCCUAAAUUUAAACAAGAUUAUUUGACAUUAGGUCCAUGUCAGAAGAAAUAUCGUGGUGAAUUUGAUCGAUGUUUAACAAUGAAUCAAGGUAAUACAAUGACACAAAAUGGCUCAAAUUCGACCAUAUUGGAACAGUUUAUUGAACAUUGCUGUACACUACAUAAUUAUCACAACUGCAUCUAUGAUAUUAGCUUGGAUAAAUGUGGAAAAGAUGCAGCUGAAUUUUCGUUAAAAAUUCUGGAACUUUUCAAUCGUGGAUAUCUACGUGAAUGCGCUAAAUAUGCAAAUCUAUCACAUUUAUGCGUUCGUAAUCGAUUUUCACGUUCAAAUGGCAAUAUACUAUUACCGUUGAAUGUUCAUCAUUUAUCAUGUUUGAUGAUUACAAUCACUAUAUCGACCCUUUCAUCAUUUAUAUGGGCAUUUAUUUUUUAA